GGGGGGAGGUGGAAGUAUAAAGGCACAAGAAGAAGGUGCUGCGCUGAAUUGAAAGUAGUCUACGUGUGCUCGUCCUCUACGUGUUGUAACUUUCGAUUUCUGUCGCCAAACUCAAUUUGCAACACAAAAUGUAUAUUAAUAAGAAAGGUUGCGUCGCACUGGUCUUUUCUUUCACCUUAAUUUUCAGUAUACACAACUGCGAAGCCAAUAAGCGCGAAAAACUUAAAAAAGUUUUCGGAUUUCUCGAUUUUGAUGCCAGGGACGUUAAAGAACCUACGGCGUUUGCUCCGAGAGCCCCCGUGGUUGUUGUUCCGCAGUAUCGGUCCAGCAACCCAAUAUACAUACAACCGUUAACAAACCCUGUUCCUGAGGUUAUGCUCGGUGGUGUCUCUCCGUACUCGAAUCUCGAUGCUAAUGGAAGGAAUAAUCCUGCACUGUGGCAUUAUUCAAAUUUGUAUCCAGAGCAUCAAUAAUAUCAUAGUAACGUGUAUGACCAAAGAAACUGUCAUUUAUUUUAACCGUUAACAACUAUCUUUCUAUUUUAAACCAUAAAUACAGCCCACAUUUAUUGAUUUUA